AAGGGCGAUAGGGCGCUGGGCGCUGGCUGCUCUGCGGUGUUGGACUCGGUGCAUGUUUUGACCCGUGCGCUCCCGCCCCCUCUCGGCCGGCUAGCAGGGGCCAAGGGCGUUGCAACCGGACAGUCGCCCUGCUGAGUGCAGAGAGUAUCGGCGAAGCGGGAAGGGUGUUGUUUCGGCGAGUGACGUGUGAUUAGUGAGUCGCAGCUCGCAAGUGAAUUAUUCACUGAUUGAACGUGAGUGACGUGUGGAAUGUGAGUGACUCAGUGAUGAUGUCUGGCAUUGCGCAAUAAGUCUCGCCUCCAUCUGAGAUUGCCUCUCCCAUGAAGCCUGCGCGGUAGAAUGUCAUGCAUCCAGCAUCACUCAAAAGAUUGGGCUUGAGGCAAGAAAUAACUAAUAAGAGAUGCCUAUAUGGAUGCUGAGUUAUGGGCCACUGUGGAACUGAACACGCUACGGUAAAUCAACUAUCAAGUGUCAAAAAUCUCCUGAGCUGCUGACUGUGGGUUAUGCUGCAUUAAUGACUAAUGUUUGGUUUGUGAUUCAUCCGUGAGCUGCGGCCUGCGACUUGCGAGCCAAUGCUUUACGAGCAUUCAUGAACCGUAGUCCGUAAGUAGCGAAAUAUGAGCCACUAUGAGUCACCAUUUGCAGCGAGCAGCUCAUGAGUCGCCGGGUGAUACGCACAACGACGGGGAGGACCAGCCGGGCAGUGGCCGGGAGGAACAGUCGCGCAGUGGCCGGGAGGACCAGCUGGACCAGUCGGGCAGUGACCGGACGGACCGGAAGGACCAGCCGCGCAGUGACUGGGCGGGCCAGCCGUGCGGAGGCCGGGCCGACCGGAAGGACCAGGCGGACCAUCUGCUCAGUGACAGGGCGGACCAGCCGGGCAGAGGUCGGGAGGACCAGCCGUCCGGUGCCCGUGAUCCGGUGGAUCUGCUGUCGGCGCGGCUCGGUCCUGACUCAGCAUGCCGCCGUCUGCUGUUCGACACCGUGCUUCUGGAUAAAAACCUGCUGACCAUGGAGCCGUCGGCCCUGCAGGCGUGUAUAGUGCAGCAAGAGCUCGAAGACGCGAUCUUCUGGAUGAUCAGCCGGCCACUGAUGGAGACGCUGAUGAACCGACAGAGCAGGAGGGAGCGGCAAAAGGCAGCGGAGACCCUAUAUAGCAGAAAGAAUAUCCUACAGACCAACAAGGAGCCUGCUUCAAGGCAAUGGCAGGCCUCCAGAGCCGACCAGAUCACCAAAAGGCAGGAGCAGGAGACCACCAGAGUGGGAGAGAAGCCCGUUCCACUAGACCGGGAGUCUGCGGAGGCGGCGCUGUGCGGGCUGUGUCGUCCUGGAGGGGAACCUCGAGUGGUAAGCUUUAACCGCUCGGGCAGUCGGGCAGAAGGACUGGACGAUGGGGUGAUUGGUGGUCAGUCUGUCUCCGACCAUGAUGUGAUGCUGGAGAUGGAUCUCGGGGCAAAGUCAGCAGUGGUAAGCCGGGAUCCGCCGAGCCGGGUGUCUCUGAGCGAGGCGCCGCAGCUGUGGGUUCGGCCCACCGACCGGCCGGGGUUCGUCACCCUGCACUGGACGCCCACGGUCCGGUGUGAACACGAGCGGGCGGCGUCGGCUCUGUCGGCACAGUCGGUGAGAACGCUGAUGUGGGAGUUUUGUCAGAUCCUGUACCCGACCGGCGCCGAGCUUGCCCGCCCCGGUCCGGCGGUCAACUUCAGGAAGCCGGAGCACAGGAACGGCGGAAAGGAUCACGUUCCCUGUCAGCGUCUGAAAAACUGGUGGCCCCAUCAGGAGGAGUUCCAAGGACGGCAUCGCCAGGCAGAGUUUCCGCCGAGAGCGGUGCGAGACGAUAUGUGUCGGUUCGGCGUGCACCUGGUGCCGACCGGCAUGCCCGGCAGCGCCACCGAGAUGAUAGAGUGGCGUGUGUCCUUCUCCAGAGCAGAGGUGGUGGCCGUCCGCCUCCUCAGUCCAGUGCAGCACGCCACCAUCACCACACUGAAGAGCAUGAAGAAUAUCAUGAAAGAAAGCAUGCCUGUUGAGCAGAGCGACAAACGCACGCUAAAGUCGUACUUCAUCAAAAAUGCCGUACUCUGGCUAGUACAGGACAACCGGAGUGAGGUGUGGACGGGAGUCAGCGAGGGCGUCUACAUGGCUCUGAACUGGUUGGAGGACCACCUUAGUGCUGGCGCCAUACCCUGUUUCUUCUGGCCCGCGAUUAACCUUGUGGCGGAACUCACCUGGGACGAUCUACAGGCCAUCAUCACUGCGGUCCGUGGCAUGCGGGAGCACGCAGACCGCCUCCUCCUGACCCGCUGUGUCCAAGCCCUACCUCUGGACGUCCUGAUGCAGGGAGACCUGGAACCUCUUCCGGAGUUGGAGCUACGCCGCCGGCUGGGGCGACAGAUGGUGCGCAAUGCGGUGUUCUUUGGGACGCUGUACCGACUGGACGCACCGUGCUGGGAGAGCUGGCACAACCACUUCCUCCCCGCACUGGGGCCAGCGGGACAGCAUCGUCUCCUACAGCGGGUGUUCAGAAGAGACUCUGGUUUGUACACACAGCAGUGCUUCCUACUCAUGGCGUGGAUGGUGGUGGAUCAGACGGAUCUGACAUCCGAUGGAACGUCCUGCGAUGAGAAAAGUGAGGAGUUGGGUGACUCUCACCUCGGUGAGCUGAGAGAGACUCCCGCUGAGGACCUGGUGUCCCUGGACGCCGCGCCGCUGCUGGCUCUUCUCACCGACCGAGACCUGAAGUACCUUCUGGGCGACACUGCCGCGGUGUUCGCCUGGUGGAACAGGCAGCUUCAGCUCCCGACCGACUGUCGGCCAGCCGGGAUGACGGCACCGCUGGACACACUGCGAGGCAGAGCUGAGCUGCUGCUGCAGCCCGACCUGCUGCUGCGGGCCGUCGGUCACUCCAGCCCACAGAAACUCGUCCGGUGGCGUCGAAAAGACCAGGAGUACGCUGCCAGCUUCAAGGACAACUACACCGCUCCCUACUCGCUAAGCCAGUGCCGCCGUGAGCUGGAACUGAUUCGAUUGCGCGACGUCGUGUCCAAGCUGCAGGACGGUCUGGGUGAGGAGACUAGGAGUGAGCUCCUCGCGGCGGCCACCCUAUGGAACAAGAGUGUGCGGAAACUGCUCCUGUAUGACCGGGUGAGGGAGGAGUACAGCCGAGUAAAAAGGUCGUGGAAUGACCAGUGGGAGCUACUGCCGUACCUGUUCCGGUCACAGAACCAGUAAGAGCUUCUGCAGGUCCCGUUUCCAUAGGAUCCCGACGAAGGAUGACGGAACUCCUCCGAAGCCGGAACUGAUCGGAACCGUUCGGAUUCUGCGAGGAAUUGCACUGAUGUCUCGAGAGACAGGUGCGAUGACGUGGAGAACUGAACUAUAGUGCGAAACCGCGAGGAACUGAUCCGAUGCUGUCGGGAACUAGUGCGAUACCGCGAGGAAAUGGUCCAAUGCCGUGGGAAACUAGUGCGAUACCGUGAAAACGGAUCUGACACUGUGGGGGACUAGUGCGAUACCGUGAGGGAUUCAUCCGACACUGUGGGAGACUAACUAGUGCGAUACCGUGAGGAACUGCUCCGACACUGUGGGGGACUAGUGCGAUAGCGCGAGGAACUUAUCCGAUGCUAUGGGGAACUGCAGCGAUGCCGUGAGGAACUGAUCCGAUGCCGCGAGGAACUCAUUGGAAGCUUUCAGAGUGUCGGAUGUCGGCCAUCCAGGGACGUUUGUCGCCGUCGUUGGCAGGCAAAUGCAAGGUAACCUACCGUCACGACAGUAAUGUAGUUUCUAAACUUGAACAAUGCCGAGCUGACGAUUCAACGAAUACCCGACAUUACUCAUAAAUGACCCUAAAUCAUCGCGUCAUUUUUCAAGACAGCUUGAUUCAGAAAAAGGAAAGUAACGUCAGGUAACGGGCGAGUGAUUUGGUACCAGAUAUUAUCAGUGCAUAAUCCCUUCUGAGUGGCCCACGAUCUGUUGCGUGCAUAUUUUGGACAAUGUGAAGGUUCAGCUAACGUUUCUGGUCCGUCGGCUGGUGCCUAGGAGUGAAGUGUCGCCGGAUGCUUUCGCCUUUCAGCAACGUAUUUACUAUUUUCUACCCCAAAAGCUCUUUGGCUGCUUGUUACAAGUUGAUCUGAGUUAUCCCGAACUUUUGCAGUAGGCUGGAUUGUUAAUGUUAUGACAGACAUGUUUUUAGUGGGAUUGACCUGAAGAAUGAGUCGCCCUGUGGUAGGCAUUGUUUUACGUGGUCUUCACUCAUUACGCAUUUAUCUCAUAUAGUGGUUGAUUGAUAUAGUACAGACUAUAUCUAACUACAGUGUGAUUGAUAAGGUAUGUGAUGACCGCUAGUGUUACUCCUCAUGGUUUUCACGCGGGGCUUUCCUCAAAGUACUUUGUCCAAUACAAGUCGCGUCAAUUCAA